GUGUGUCUGUGUGCCUCCUUCGUCAUUGCGGCCCUAUGUCGCAGAGGCUUGGCCUGGCUUGAAGCCGGCAAGGGCAGCAGCCCACCGCACGACGCAUCGGCUACAGGGCGACGCAUACUGCUGCAGGAGUCCGCCGCUGCAGCAACGGCCGCCAUGUGGCUGAUGCCACAGGAGGCUGAAGCCUUCAGGCAAGAUCGGAUUUUCAACGCCAAGCAGACGCUAGUGCCGAAGAUUCGAAAGUAUUAUCAAAAGCUUGAAGGCUUGCGUGAUGAUAUUCUUCUCCAAGUCGAGUUGGAAGCGGGAAAUCGCAUGGAGUUCAGGGCUCGCCCAGCUGACUGGUUCUCCGGUGUGGACAACAAGUUCGAUGGGGCGUUUAAGACGCCGGGGCAGCUGCAAGCGAAGUUCGGCUGCAAUCCAUACACCGUGGAGGCUGGCAGCAUUGCCCUAGUGGCCAGAGGAAUCUGCACCUUUGAGCAAAAGGUGAAGAUGGCAAAGGCGGCAGGUGCCAAGGCCAUUAUCGUCUACGACGAGAAGAUGUCCAAGGCUCCGCUAGAGCAGCAAAACAAGACUGGGCGAGUGGCAAGCAAAGGGAUUCAGUCUUGGCAGGCCGGAGAUGCACUCAGCGGGGGCGCGACUAUACCUGUGGAGAAGGGCAUGACUAUCAUGAGCUUCGAGCAGGGUAAGGCGGAUCUGGAUGGCUGCAUGAUCUCCCGUGCCAAUGGCACCACAGUGAUUGAUGCCAUCAACGCUGGUCAACAGCCAAAGGUCCUGGACGUGUUGCGGGCCAAGUGGGAAAACGGCAUCGAUCGAUUCAUCAAAAAGGACCUUCCCAAGCUGAGCACUGCCAUGGAGGGGUACAGCCUCAUUCAGCGCGUGUCGAAAGCUGACCCGAAUGAGCCCAUUGUCAACAAGCUGAAGGCAGACCAGAAAGAGUUUGAGAAG